AUGGUCGCUUCACUUCAAGUGGACGUGUUCGUCUCACCUGCAAUUCCUGCAGUUACUGGCUCUCAAGAACCGUCCAAAUCAUGGUGGUCACCGAUAUCCUGUACUCUGGUUCAAGGACCAACAUCUGCCGUUCUGGUUGAUACUCCUACAACAAUCAAAGAGACAGAGGAACUCGCAGAAUGGAUCAGAAAGACUCUCGCACCAGGGACGACAUUGAAAUACAUCUACACGACGCAUGCGCAUGGGGAUCACUUCUUCGGUAACCCUAUUAUCCUUGAACAGUUUCCCGGCUCUAAAAGCGUUGCCACGGCUUCUGUAGCUGCUAAAAUAAAACGAACACUUCCUGCAACAAUUCCUGUAUGGCAAGGAUUCUUCCCAGAUGGUCAGGUCCUAUCAGAUAAACAAGUUGCUCCUGAACCGCUUCCGGAAAAUGGAGAAUUCACCGUUGAUGGACAUAGUCUUUUCGGAAUUGACGUCUUGCAUUCCGAUACAGAUGCGUCGUCAUUCUUGCACGUUCCUGAUUUGAGUCUUGUAGUGGCUGGCGAUAUUGUCUAUGGUUGGCUGGAUGCCUUAGAACAGAUUGCCGCUUUGAAGCCGAGUAUUGUUGUGCCUGGGCAUAAACGGGCAUCUCAGUCUGAUGGACCGUACUUGAUUGAUCGGACGAGGGAGUAUAUUCUGACGUUUGAACGAGAGUUGAAACGACUGGGUGAUGCGUCUCAGCUGGAGGAGACUAUGAAGAAGCUGUAUCCGCAUAGAUGGAAUGGGUUUAUCUUGGAUACGAGUUGCAAGAACUCUGUUGCUGUUCUUUAG